AUGACCGAGACAUUUCCAAACGGAACAAAUCCAAAUUCCACCAAGGAAUUGAGCAAGCUCAGACGCCGCCGUAAUACAAUUAGAACGUCCGUGACGAAAACGAUCGGCAAGAUCAACGCCAUUUCGGACUCGACGCCGUCCGAGGAAAUCGAACUGUCCCGUGACAUGUUAAACGAAUGGCUUAGGGAGUUAAAGAUAUUAGAUGAAGCUAUUCACGAUAAACUCGAGGACACGGAAUACGAAACCAACGCCGCUGCCUGUGAGGAGAGAGAAGAAUCUACCCGACUUGCCGUCAUUAGAGCCCAACGAAUCCUCGACCGUAGGAACGCCGCAUCCGACCUCACCCCGGCAAGCCCCAUCAGUCCCGAUUCCCCGUCCUUUACCAGGCAACCUCAGGCAACCAUUCGCACCAGAUUACCCGCCUUGGUCCUUGAAUCGUUCGAAGGAGAAAUAGCUAAAUGGCAACGCUUCUGGGAACAGUUCACAGCAGCCAUUGAUGAGGAUCCAAAUAUACCGGACAUUGAGAAGCAUGUCUUCCUUCGGGGAUAUCUUCGAGGUGAGGCUAAGCGUCUAGUCGAUGGCAUCGCCAUAACCGCAGGGACGUACGCGGAGACCAAGGCACGAUUACUGAAGAAGUACGGAGAUAAGAACCGUAUAAUUCAGGCACACAUCGACUAUCUAGAGAGCUUACAACCUUUAAUCCAUCCGACCGCCGCCGAAUUGAAUGACCUCUUCGUUGAGUGCAAUAAUAGAGUGCAUGCCCUGAAGGCGCUGGGGGAGCCCAUUAGCCACUACGGACGCAUCCUAAUGCCGAAAAUCCUUCGGGCCUUCCCAGAUUCCUUGUGUGAACGAUGGCUCAUUCAUGCUCGUCAUAAGGGUACCAGUGAAUCUGAUCUGGAACUAUUGCUGAAGUUUGUGGGAGACGAAAUAGACGGCAUCACUACUGCCGCUACUAUCCAUGGAACACAACACCAAUUUAUGACAAGAGAAGAACCCCGAGCUACAGCAGCCGCUCUAGCAGUCCGAACGAGGAAUAAGUCCACGGGAAGAAACUCUAAAGGGAGAGGAUCCUCCUAUCCCCCGUGUGCCUUCUGCAACAGUUUCCUCCACUUCAGUUCUGACUGCUCACUCAUAACAAAUCCGAGAAAACGCGCAGAGAAACUGCGCGAGACCAACCGUUGUUUUCUGUGCUUAGGCCAAAACCAUACCGCUCGCAAUUGUCCUCGACGAGGAAAACUGACAUGUCGUCGAUGUGGACGCAAUCAUCACGUUUCGAUAUGUGAAGCAGACCCAACGCGGACUCACAUGACGGUCGCAGCUAACAGACCGACACCACCCAUGACCCAACCCCCAACAUCUGCUCCGGGGUUUGAUCCCUCAACUAUUAGCACAUCUCGAGCCACAGUGAGUAAAAUCGAUGUGAACUCAGACUUUACAUAUCUACAGACAGCUCGAGUUUGGGUUCAUGGAGCAAAGGGUACCGCAAGACAAGUUAGAUGUGUCUUAGAUCCAGGAACCCAAAGGAGUUUCAUUGGCACCCCCCUCAUUGACUCGCUAGAACUGGAGGUGAUUGGAUAUGAACCGUUGGCAAUUCAAGCCUUUGAAUCAGAUGCUAGUACCUACACAUCACGUCGACGAGUGCGACUCACUUUGUCCAGCUGUGUCAGCAGAUUUGCUACAUCCUUAAUAGCUGCAGAAUCUUCGAAUACGUACCUCCCUCAUCCGACAGUAUCACAGUUCGCCUACCCCGUCAGUGAGAUGCCACCACUAGAACUUGCAGAUCCACAGCAGGAGUCAUGUGAUUUACCCAUUGAAAUACUAAUCGGAUCCGACUUUUAUUGGCAAUUUGUCAAAACGGAAAGCCCUAUUCGCAUAAAUGAUACUCUGACAUUAGUCCCAUCGCACUUUGGAUGGAUUUUGAACGGUAACCGGACUAAUGUUUCAAUUCACCCAGUCCAGGUUAAUAGUAUUACAACCCCUUUGGACCCGAUACUACGGUCAAUGUGGGAUCUGGAUACCCUCGGCAUCCGAGAGUCGGAGGAAAAGUUGUUGACCGUCCAUGAUGCACAUCUGCUCGACGGAUUCCGUCAAUCGUUCCAGAUCAAGGGAGGAAGGGCAGAGGUCCGUCUGCCCUGGAAGCAGAACAUCCGCCUCACAGAUACAAACCGCACAACUGCUCUGCGCCGUUUUGAGUCCCUACGUCGCAGAUUCAGCAAAGAUAUAGAGUUCAGCAAUAUGUACACACGCCACAUGCUCAACUACUUCUCCAACGGUUAUGUGGAACGGGUUGACGAACAAGCAACAUUACAACAGACCUACUACUUGCCACAUCACGCAGCAAUCCGAAGUAAACACAACAUUUCCAAAUGGCGCAUCGUAUUUGAUGCUUCUUCUCAUGUGAAAGGACACCCUGCCCUCAAUGAUGCCUUGGAAGUGGGGACCCAACCUGAUGCCGGACAUCAUAGCGACACUACUCCGCUUAUGGCAGUCAAGCCUUCCUCCAGCUAA